CCACAAAAGAAUUUACUGUUUCUGUUCAAGACUUCAAUAGCUUUGUCACUCGGACCAACACUUGUGGAGAGCUGCGCUCCGCUCACGUGGGACAAGAGGUCACGCUCUAUGGAUGGAUUCAGUAUCAAAGAAAAGGCCUCUUUCUGGUUUUGAGGGAUUUCCAGGGACUGACCCAGAUCAUCAUUCCGCAGGAUGAGGCACAUUCCCACGUGAAGAAGCUCUUGUCUGACGCCCCGGUGGAGUCUGUUGUGCGAGUGACUGGAAUUGUGAUUCCUCGUCCUCCGGGGCAGGAGAAUCCGAAAAUGCCAACAGGGGAUAUUGAAGUGAAGGUGGAGACUGCAGAGAUCCUAAACUCCUGCAAGAAGCUCCCUUUUGAAAUGAAGGAUUUUAUCAAGAAAUCGGAGGCCUUACGGAUGCAGUAUCGCUACUUGGACUUGCGUAGCUUCCAGUUGCAACAUAACCUGCGGCUGAGAUCCCAGAUGGUGAUGAGGAUGCGGGAAUAUCUGUGUAACCUGCAUGGGUUUGUGGAUGUAGAAACUCCAACGCUCUUUAAGAGAACCCCAGGGGGAGCAAAAGAAUUCCUUGUGCCCUCGAGGGAAGCGGGCAAGUUCUACUCGCUGCCGCAGAGUCCUCAGCAGUUCAAGCAGCUCCUCAUGGUUGGAGGCCUGGACAGGUACUUUCAGGUUGCUCGCUGCUACCGAGAUGAGGGUUCGCGGCCUGACAGGCAGCCUGAAUUCACUCAGAUAGAUAUAGAGAUGUCAUUUGUAGAUCAAGCUGGGCUCCAGAGAUUGAUAGAGGGCCUCCUGCAGUAUUCCUGGCCUGAGGAAAGAGGCUGCAUUACGACUCCUUUCCCUUCCAUGACAUACGAGGAGGCACUGGCUGAUUAUGGGACUGAUAAACCAGAUACUCGUUUUGGAAUGAAGAUAGUGGAUAUCAGUGACUUCUUACAGAGAUCAGACAUCCGGUUUGUGCAGGAUGCUCUCAGCUACCCACGUGGUGCUGUCAAAGCCAUUCGUAUUCCUCAGGGCAUGAGAUAUCUUAAAAAUAAAGAUUUGGAGUCAUUAAAGGAGUCUGCAAAAUCCCAGUUUAACCAGGAAAUCAUGCAAGUUAUCUGCAGGCCUGAUGGAAGCUUGAAGUCUCUGCUUACAAAGUUUCUUGGUGAGAAGCAGCAGUCGGAGCUUAUCCAGGCGCUCAACAUGCAGGUGGACGAUGUGGUACUGCUGGCAGCUGGUGAACACAAGCAAGUGUGCACUGCAUUAGGAGCCCUGCGGCUGGCGACCGCUGACCUCCUUGAGGCAGCUGGGCUGGUACUCCGUGAUCCUACAACUUUCCACUUUCUGUGGGUAGUGGAUUUUCCCCUUUUCCUCCCCAAGGAAGAGAAUCCCAGUGAACUGGAAUCUGCUCAUCACCCUUUCACUGCUCCUCAUCCUUCCGAUACCAGCCUCCUCUAUUCGGAUCCCACCAAGGUCCGUAGCCAGCACUAUGACCUUGUGCUGAACGGCUGUGAAGUUGGAGGUGGCUCCAUCAGAAUUCACAGCGCAGAACAACAGCGUUUUGUCCUGGAGGAGGUGCUGAAGGAGGAUUCUGAGGUGCUUUCCCAUCUGCUUGAGGCUUUGGAGUUUGGAGCUCCACCUCAUGGAGGAAUCGCUUUAGGACUUGACAGGCUGAUCUCUCUCAUCGUUGACGCUCCAAGUAUCAGAGACGUCAUUGCUUUUCCUAAAUCCUUCAGGGGACGGGACCUGAUGGGCAACGCUCCGAGCUAUGUCACUCCAGAAGAACUAGAGCCAUAUUGCAUCCAGGUUUCCUGGCCUCUUGCAGAAAAAGAGGCAAAGCAAAACUGA